AUGCCGUUAUCAGAGUCAACAAAUGGUAUUUCGUUCAUGAAAAUAAAUACGGCGAUUGAUGAUGUCGUGGUACCGACACUGAGAUCAAUCGGGAGCGUUCAACUAUCUGAGCCAUUGAUCAAGGAACUCCUCUCUGAAUACUAUCGAUUUUACCAUUCCGUCUGCCCAAUAUUACCACCAGUGUCCUCGUUCAUCGCACACUCCGACGAAAGUCCCUUGCUCUUCUGGACAGUCAUGCUCACCGCAAUGCGAGACAAACCUGGCUUAAGGCACCUCUUCUCACCUCUAAUCGAAGAAGUCUCCAACAUGGCAUAUGAUUGCAUUCGACCCAAGAAUGCAAACUUUCAUUCUGUGCAAGCUCUCCUACUACUAACAUAUUGGAAUAUCCCCUUUGAAAAAAUCCCUAUGGAUCCAUCAUUUUCGUUUUCCAACAUGGCAACGCAGAUCUGUGUUCGCAUGGGCUUGCAUCGACCGGCCUUUUCGGCGGAGUUUGAUCGAAUCUCGGCUGUGCAUGAUCCGGUCAAUGUUCCCAGUCGGAUAGUUUGGAUUUUUUGUUUUGUCAGUAACGUCAGUUGUCAUGGCCAACUUGGAAUACCUCCUACCGUCCGAUUAGACCGCGGUCUAUUAGAUGCGCUCGCUGCAAAACCUCCCUGGCUUCCAGAUACGUUGUACUGCCAAUUACACAUCGCUCAUCAUAUAUUGAAAAUCAUUACAACGCUGGGUAACCACGAUUCUUCACCCACGGGUCUACUGCCAAAACCAGACUAUGUCGUCCCGAUGUUUGAAGCUGAGCUGCGAGUCAUGGAAACCCAUCUGACGCCGUAUUGGACCCAAGUUGAUUACAUAUUCUUCUGCACCUGCAAGAUGGUUCUGUAUAUUAUUGCAAUCUCGGCCGUAGGCAACGAAGAUAAUGUCCUUGACUCGACAGGAAGCGACAAACGAAAUCAAUGGAUCGUUCAAGGGUGCAUGUGUGCCAUCGCCAUGAUUCAAGCUACAUCUACCAUCCAGGAGCCACUCACCAAAUUACCUACACGGAUAUACAAGACCCUGGCGGCCUCAGUAUCUUUUCUAAUUCUAUUGAGGUGUUCAAAAUAUUAUAAUCUCGUCGAGGACAGUGCUACAUCAUCCGCUAUGCGUCAAGGAUGGGAAUUAUGCCGCGGAUUCGAGAUUGUCCAAAGCGACUUUAUUACCCGUACGAAUUACCUGAUGGAGCGGCUGAGCAUCUAUAGUGAGACUAUGAGUCCUGUGGACAAGACCGAGGAACUUUUCGCUAGCAAAGCACGAAUGGGAUUCAAUGUGGCCCGAAGCACUGCAGUACUUGUUCAUCGAGUGGUUUUAAAAAAGAACCAGGAAAAUGAGACAACAGCAGACAACGGCAACAAUAACGGUAGUUGCAUAGGACAAGCGGCCGAUUUUAAUAUGGACAUGGCAGAUUUGGAUUUCUUCCUGGACUUUGAUUGGGAUGAGUCAUUGUUGAGUCUCCCAGGACCGACGAGUUCUACGUUAUCUUAA